AUGAAACGAGCAAUCAAAUUCCACCGCCGAAGCACCGCCCUCCACUGCUGGCACACAUUUCUAUCCCUACCCCGCCAGGCUCCGGUAUCGUGGCAUCGUGCCCGGCUGCGUGAGGAACUGGUCGAGCGCCGUGCCGCUGUUACAUCAAUUUCACAAUUGAGCGAGACGGCCGAUGUUGUAUUUACGAUCAGUAGAGCGCGGUUUUACGGACACCACUUCCAAAGUCAUAUGCUUAUUGCGGUGCCUGCAGGUGGGCUGCUGUAUAUGGUGGCCAAAUUCAGCCUGCGGUGGGCUUUUUAUCGCAUCGUGGCAUAUGCGUGCGGUGCGAGGGGACGAAAAUUAAAAGAUGUUAGGGAGGUUUUCAACCCUAGGAAGACUGGCAAGGUCGACGAGGUUGCAGGACGACAUGGGUUAGAUCCGCGGAUCUGCAGGAUUUGGGCAAAGAGGGUGAAGGCUUUUUGGCCUUUGCUUCCUUGA